AUGCUUUUUCGCUUUUUUCUUCUCUCUCUGAGUUAUGGGGUCGGAGGAGCCGGAAGCGAUGCCUUGAUGUCCAUGAAGGCCAUCCAGGGGACCUGGUUGUCGGGAAGGGUCGCAACCAAUGGAAGAGGCUCGGAGGCGUUGCCUGCAAGAAUUGUAGACCUGAUUGUUUCUGUUGACACACAAACGAGCAAACUAGUUAUGAACUGGCAUAUUGUGGAUCAAAACAAUAUUGGAUCGUGGGAUCAGAGUUUUGUCACAUCCAUAUCUUCCAAGUCACUCAUUUCGUUGGAUGGAGUGGCUUUUCCAGUUGAAAUUUGCAUGUUGAAUUUUUCAAGAAUGCUGCAACCAAUCUAUAGCUCGAAGGAUAGAGCUCAAGAAUGGCAGUCCUUCAUCUUGAACUGCACGGCUUGUUGCUUGAAUGCAACAUUGUCAAUCCUAACGUCAGAUGUGUUUGCCAGAACUCUCUAA